AUGACAGAAACAAAAGAAUCGAUACCAUCUGUUCGAUACGGCCAUUGUCCAGGACAUACAGAAGUUUGUUAUGACAAAACAGGGAGGUAUAUCCUUAGUUGUGGUGCUGAUGGUGAUGUUCGUACGUGGGAUGGCUUUGAUGAUUCUGAUGCUGCAUCUUAUCAAAUUGGGGAAACAGUUUAUUGUGUUAUUUAUAAGAACCAGAAAUUCUACACAGCUUCCAAUAUGAAUUCUGUGCAAGUGUUCACUUUCCCAGAUGGCACACCCGAUGGCCUGGUAACUCGAUUCACUGCUCCACCCACUCAUAUAUGCAUGAAUCAUUCAGGUUCAAUUUUAGUGGCUGGGGCAAGUGAUUUUACAAUCAAAAUAGUAGAUGUGGCAAGCCUCAGCUCAAAGACAUUAACAGGUCAUGAAGCUCCUGUUCUAAGUGUUGCAUUACAUCCUAAGGAACUGUUUGUGGCAUCUUCAAGUUCUGAUGGCACAUUUAGAAUUUGGUCAAUAACAACACAAUCUUGUCUGAAAAUCUGGCAGGGGCUGGAAAAGUGCAGUGACAUCAGUUUGGUAAAAUCCCUGUGUCGUUUAUGCUUUGACCAAAAUGGAAAUAAUCUUCUGGUUCCAAUAGAGAAAGAAAUUAUUGUUUAUUCAACCAAAAAUUGGAAUAAAGUUGCAACUCUAACUGAGCCAAAUAUAAAAGAGUGUAUAUCUGUUUUGUCUUUUGACUCGAAAUGGAAAAUUUUAGCAGCAACUUGUUAUGAUGGCUUAAUUCUCUUAUUUGACUGGGACAACAAAACCUGUAUUAAAACAUAUAAACAUGACAGAGGAAUAACCUCCUUUGCCUGGCAACCCCAAAAGAACAAUGCCAUAUUUGCUGAUAAACAGGGACAAAUUGCUCUUAUGGAAGAUAUUGUACCAAGUGAAGCAAAAGAAGCAGCACCAUCAGAAUCAGAAAAUGAUUUGAAUACAGUCACGGAAAAUGAUCUUUUUGAUGAUAUGAAUGAUGAUGACUUGCUUGAUGGAGCAAUUGGCCCGGAUAUUCCCGAAGUGGAUCAAGGGGAGAUAAAUGAGAACGAGUUCAAUGCCAGAAUUGAUAGCAUUUUAAAUGAGGAUGAACCAAAAGAUGAAAAUAAAAACAUGUCUGAUGAAGAAGCAAACAGUAUUUCCAAGGAGGCUAUUUCUGAUGUACCUUACAAGGAAGUGCCACAGGUAACGCCUUUACAGAGAGCCUUUCAACCCGCUUCUACACCUGAACAUUUAACACACAGGUUUAUGAAAUGGAAUUCUGUUGGUAUUAUUAAGCAGUAUAACACUGAAUCAGAAAAUUCCAUUGAUAUCGAAUUCCAUGAUACAGCCAUCCAUCAUUCUAUGCACCUUAAUAAUCAUGUUGGCUAUACAAUGGCUGACUUGUCCAAAGAAGCUGUUGUAUUGGCUUCUCCUAUUAAUGAAGAUUCUAAUCAAAGUAAGCUGACAUGCAUGCAUUUUGCAUCUUGGGAUAAUAGCAAAGAAUGGUCCAUGACUAUGCCGGAAGGGGAAGAAAUUUUGGCAGUCACAGUGGGUGAAGGAUGGAUUGCUGCAGGUACAAAUAAGAGACUUGUGCGUUUGUUUACUUUGUCUGGUGUCCAACGAGAGAUUUUUUCUAUUGCCGGUCCUCUCGUAUGCCUGGUUGCAGGCACAGUCCAGUUAAUGGUAGUGUACCACCGUGGAACAGGUGUACCAGGAGAUCAGUGUUUGGGAACAGACCUCUACAGAGUUGGUCGGAAAAAGAAAUGUUUACUUAAAGGAGAUUUGCUGCCUCUCAGUGCAAAGUCAUUUUUGUGUUGGGCUGGCUUCUCCUUGGAAGGAACUCCAUUCUACAUGGACUCUACGGGAGUUGUCAGCAUGCUAAAUCAAUCAUUUGGUAACAGCUGGACACAAGUAUGCCACACAAAGAAUCAUGCUCAGGGCAAAUCUGAUCAUUAUUGGAUUAUUGGUGUUGUGGAAUCUCAGCAACAAAUUAGAUGCAUUCUUUGCAAAGGAUCUCGAUUUCCACCUACACUUCCACGGCCAGUGAUGGGUAGACUGCCCUUACAGUUGCCUUUGUGUGAACUGAACACUGAGAAAAGUUUAUACGAGGAAAAAUUAUGGCGGAUGCAGUUCCUUCAAAACACUAUUGAUUCUUGUGUUGCUGAUGGUAAAGAAUUUGAUCAAAGUGCCAAAGAGGAAUCAAUCAAGAGCAGCAAAGAAGAACUUAUGAAAUUAUUUGCUCUGUCUGUUCGUUCGGAUCGUGAAUGUCGGGCUUUGGACAUUUGUGAAAUGAUGCCAGACCAGCACACUUUACAGUUGGCCAUUAAAUAUGCCAGUCGACUCAAGAGAAUGCAGCUUGCCCAACGAAUUAGUGAAUUGACACAAAAGAGGGCUGUAGAAGAGAUGGAACGGCAGGCUCGAUCCAGACGAGAUUAUAAUGGCAUGGAUGAUGACAGUGAAGGGGAGGUGGAAGAGGAUGUAGAAGAUGUUCAACCUGUCUGUCCAAAAAGUUGGCAUAUAAUGAAAAGAAACCAAUCCGUGUUGCAAAGUGGCAGAGUGAAUGGCAUAAAAGAGAAACGGUCUGUGGAUAAAGAGGAUGAAGCGGAAGAUGAUAAUGUAGACGAGAAUGACAUGGAAACACCGGAGCAAGAAGAAGAGGUUGACAAUGAUGUUGAUGAAGAAAUGGAUGAUGACAGUGAAAAGAAAGAAGAGAAUGAAAUCAGCCAAAAUAGUAAUUCAACUGAACAUCUGGUAGAAGAAUUUCUUACUUCAUCUGCCAAAUCAUCUUUAGUGAAUUCUCCCAAAGGUUUUCCUACUUCUGGAAAAGCAAUCAACCCAUUCAAAGUCAAUACUCCACAGAAACCAUUACCAGCUACAAAAGGCACUCAAGUAUUUGAUUCGAUGAUGAAAAACAAAUCAAAUAAAAUUUCACUUUUCCCAGCAAAUGAAGAAACCAAAUCCAAAAAUUCAAAAAAUCUCCCAACUCAGAUGAAAUUAUUUUCAAGCAACAAUAAUUCUUGCAAUGAGAAUUCUACAAAGAAAAACACCAAAGCAAGCAAGGCGAAUCCGAAAAAUACCUCUAUAAAAUCCGGCUUUCCUGCCUGGUUUAAGGAAAACAAACAAGAAUUGGAAGAGGAAAACCCAGAAAUGUCACCAGAAGAUAUUAAACAACUUGGAAUGGAUAAAUUUAAGGAAUUGCCAAAAGAAGAAAAAGAAAUUUGGGAGAAAAAACUAAAAGCUGAAUCGAGCGAAAGCAAGAAAAGAAAACGAACUGGAAAAGAUGAUUCUCAGAAUGCCACCGCUGCUGCUGAUGGCUCAAAGGAAAAUAAAAAGAGUAAAAUUCUAUCCACCUCAACCAAUUCCAAGUUGGCCAGUUUCAUGUUCAAAAAAGACUAA